AUGGCACCUUCGGAAAUUGCGGGGUUCCCACCCACCAGUAUCAGAGAGAUCGCCAAUGAGGUCUCAGCAUUGUUGAAAGAGCAAGGUGCCACUGUAUCUGUCGCGGAAACGGCGGCCGGAGGCCUCAUAUCUUCAACUCUGCUGGCGACACCAGGAGCAAGUGGAUUCUACCGGGGAGGUGUGACGGUGUACACCCUAGAGUCCCGCAUCGCAUUCGCUGGUUGGACUGAAGAGCAUCUGAAGGAUUACAAAGGUCCUACUCCCGAGAUAGUAGCUGGACUGGCAGAGAGUGUACGCACUAAGCUUGGCUCAACCUUUGCUAUCAGUGAGAGUGGGACUGCUGGACCUACUGGUGGAGCUACAAAGAACAGGACCCCCGGUUACGUUGCUCUGGCCGUGAGCUCAAAGGCUGGAACUGUCACGCGAGAGGUCGAGACAGGCAAGGGUACUGAUAGAGAAGCAAACAUGGUCGCAUUUGCGAGCGAGGCUUUAAAACUACUUAGGGAUUGCCUCAUUGGCCGUGUCCAGGCUGAGCUUUAA